AUGCCCCUUACUGAGGGACCACUAGCUGACGCCGUUCCCUCCGUCCCAGAUCCGUCGACCAAGGACACAGCUUUGCAGUCUCCCUCUGCGACUUCUGGUGAUUUCAACCACCAAGGCACUCCCCCAAGGUCGCCAUCAUCCAUCUCGAGCACCUCAACAGCCGACGACGCCGAACUCUCGUCGCCCGUCCUCCCGGCUCUUCCUGCUCCACAGCUUCCCGAGCGCGCUUUGGAAUUCCUGCGGGCACCUUCAGAAGCUCCAGAGGCUACGGAACCAGAGAACCGCUACGUCACCACCAGCUGGGGAUCACCUUAUCAACAAGGCGAGGCCAGGCACUUUCGCCAGGUGAGCUUCAGCAGCGAUCUCUCAGACGACGACGAGGAUAGCGAGCUAGCGCUUCCACACCAGCUUGCAGUGAACACUCGUUUCCUGCGUCCUGCGCCUCCGGCCCAGCCAUCUCCCGAGGCUGCCACGCCAUCGUCUCUGACAGGUAGUGCUGCCGUCCUCGCGAACCGUGCCCGUCGGCCUGUGCUUGGCAUCACCGAAGAUUGGAUUCGCACACACACGACCGAGGAUCCGGAGACUGAAUAUCGCCAUUGGUUGAGCGACACUGACGAGAGCGAGCACUCUUUACUGAGCGGCUCACGGACGCCAGUCGAAGCUUCUUGGCUGGAAGAGGCUGACCCUCGUACACCAAGAGCGCCUCUUAGUCUGUCGCUUCCAACAACCUCCGCCCAACAUCACCAGCGGGCUCGAUCGAGCAACGAGACAUUGCGACAGGCAAUAGGCAAUAGUGCUUUACCUCACACCAUGGACUCUCAAGAGUCAGAACAAGUCCUCCCGAUACCGGGGGACUUGUCCGUCCUGGAAUCUCCAAUGGAGUUCGCCGCGCCUGAGCUCCCCAUGACAGAGGUCGAACCAAUGCCAGAAGAAGCGGCACAGGAAAUAACUCGCCCCGCCACACCGCCUCGUCCAAUCAAGCAGUUACCGGCGCAGACGCCGAGACUUAAGAAGAAAGUGCCUUGGAGAGGCAAGAACAUCAUGGUCCUGCUUCCACGGGACGAGGAGCGAGGGCUUCCUGGUAAAGCCCCGAAGCCACUGAGUGCAGAGAAUGUCAGGACAAUGUUGCGUGAUUGGGAGGAACUCGGGUACAACGUUCGUGGCUUCGAUCUCGAUAUGGCCCAGCCAAACCUGGAUCCCAGCGAGGAGACAUCGCAAAGUCGUGGCCAGUGGCCAGCCCACGUCGACAUGGCGGAGGAGCGAGCCAAGCAAUCUUAUCAGGUGACAUUGCCGGACCUCGAUGCCUGGAAGCGAUACCAAGAUGACCUUGUGGAAGAGAAGCUGCGCAGAUUGGGUGUCUCGCUGGGUGGUGAUGAUGAACCGACGCCUCCACCUCAGUCGAUCUCGCCAGCCAUUUCAAAUCUGAGCCGCCAGGCCUCGUAUCAGUACCCGCCGCUGCCGUUCUCGCCUCCGCUGCCGACAGACUCGGCAGCCAGCAAUGGCCCGCAUAGUUUUCCAUUCCCAGCAGCAUUCUUGCCUGGCGCAGGAUCCUCUGCGGCACAGAGUCCUGCCAUCGCCUCGCCUGUGUCUUUCAACGGGCGACCCAUGCACGGCGGAAAGUUCAACCACAACCCUCGUGCGUCCAUUGCAAUCUCGCCGCAUGAGCUGCCGUUCUUCUCCGGCCAGCCAUCUCCAGCUUGGUCGCCACAGAUGUUUUUGCAAAAUCAGCUUGGUCGCAGCGGCUCUCCGUCUCUGCUCAACAUGAACUCAAUAAUGUCGCCAAGCUCUCCAUUCCAGCGCGAUGAAGCUUCACCGGCCAUGAAGCUGCACCAAAGGCACCAGUCGUUGCAGUAUCCCAUGCUACCUCACCAGCAACUCCACAGAGUGGACUCUGCUAGGGCAUCACCGCGGCUGCAUGACUUGCGCGAGGAGGAGGAAGAAAUUCAAAGCAAUCCAUACGAAGGCAAGAGCCCGUCGAAGACACCAGAGCCCCAGCACUUUAUUCGGCACAAUGCAAGCGAUAGCUUGCAGAAGGAAAUCGAUGAUGCCGAGUACCACCUUGAAGAGCAGUUUCGAUCCCAGCUGGAGGAGCCAGACUACAGCCCCCAUAAGGAGAGCAGUGGCGCGAAACAAGCCCAGCCACUUGACGCUGAAGCUCUGGACGGAGACGGGCAAGGCCACGCAAGAGGCCCGUCGGUACACUUUGGUAGUUUUGGCACUGAUUCUGACGAGGGUCCCAAGCUUCACCACCCUCAGCCUCACAGCCGUGGCCACUCGUUGUCACAGAAGCCGUUCUUCGACAAUGAAGAAGUUCGCGAUAGUGCAGACGAAGGCUUGGUCAACUCGAACGUCCUGGAGAAGCUUGAUUUGGAACUUGCAAAACACAAAUACGAGGUUGAGACCAACCCAAGCAACCCUGGCACACCACUAGAGGCUUUCAACCUUGUCAACAAGUUGCACGAGCGUACGGUCUCGACGACGAGCAACCCUUGGGCGAAUGAGACGUCUGGCAACAGUGUAAAGUCCUCUCGUCGGCCUAGCCACAGUAGCAAACCGUCCCUGUCGAAGCUCAAUGCUGGCGCAGCCGAGUUCAAGUUCAACCCUACCAGCAGCUUCACCCCAAGCACCUUCACCUUUGGCAGUAGCAACAACCAGGCUGUCUCCGCGUUUCCAACGUUCCAGCCUGGGGCCCCUGCUUUCGAACCCGGUGCUCCAGUGUUCAAGCCGAGUGCGCCUAGCUUCCAGCCGGGCGCAGCCGCGUUCCAGCCAGGUGCCCCUACCUUCAAGCCCGGCGCGCCAGCUUUCCUGCCCAGCGCAGCUCUCGCCCACGCGAGGGUCCCGUCUGUCACGACCUCUUCGAAACCCCAGAGCGAGAAGUCUGUACCUUUGUUCUCCCCGAGCACAAGCUCAUUCAACUUCUCUGCUAGCGCCGGCCCGUCGUUCAACCCCGGCGUGCCAGCGUUCAAUCCUGGUGCUGCUUCCUUUACUCCCACGGGCUCUUUCGCUCCUUCCAUCUCGAGCAACACUGCAUCCGGCACGGAUGGUGUGCGGACGCGGCCGACCUCGAUCUUUGGUACCAUCAAUCUUAAUGUCUCGGACAUCGCACAGCCUUCCAAGAAGACCAAGGCGGUCCCGAUCAUACGGCCACCGAGUAGACGGUCCAAAUCGCCGACGCCCACAAGGUCUACCUCUCCUUUGGAUGUUGAUGACCAAGAUGGGCGGCCCAUCGACGUAAGUAGACUCAGGAAGAAGUUCAGGGACAACAACGACGAUGGCGAUGACGUGCCUCUGUUCGCAGAGCCAACUCCCGAGCGCGAGCUUCAUCCUGAGUCGAUUCAGGGUGAGACAGCCGAGGAAGACACGAGCGACGCUGAACCGCGACGCUCCAUCGAAGAGGAGGUGUCGGACGCCGUCGAUCUGGGUAUCGAGGACAAAGCUGAAGAUGAAGAGGCUAUCCACCUGGGUGACACUACUCUGGCUUCUACAAUUCUCUCGGAGUCGACCGACGGCAAGCCGCAGUCCGAUGCAAACGACACAAAGGCAACUAGCCCGUCGGCCACUCCCGACCUUGAGAAGUCGACGUGGACGCCAUUCGAGUUCCGUAACGAGCGCGACAUCCAGGAUUUCAAUAGCGCCCGGCCCUUCGGCGACACGGAUCCUUUCGAGUCACUCCACGAGAAGAACCUGUCCGCUACUGCCCAGCCAUUUGUGCCUGGUAACUUCACGUUUGGCGCUUCUAACUCCGCCGAAGCACCAUUUGACCCCAUUAUGAAGACGGACACUGCGCACAUCACCCACGACAGCAAUGGUGUAUCUGAGGACGAAGUGGAAGAUGAUCGUGCCGGAUCACCAACUCCUGGCCCUGACUUCUUUGGAACCGCGCAGCGUACCCCAUCUCCUUUGCCGAAGAGAACAGCGUCGAUUGGUCUCUCGGCCUCGAGGUUUGCCUCGCCACCGCCCGCACCAGCAGCUAAGGGAUUGGGCGCUUCCAGAUUCGCCGAGUCACCUUCGCCUCCGCCUCGACCGUCAGGUCUGGCUGCCUCGCGCUUCGCCGAUACCUCUUCUCCAGUCUCAGAGGAGGCCGUACCAGCGGAGCCAGCUACAGACUCAAUGCAGCGAUUCGAGUCGCUGCCAGUUCGACCUCCAUCAGUGGUCAGUGCUGGAGCUGAGGAGCGGCACUCUGCCCACACUGAGGAUGCCACCUUCGAGGAGAUUGAUGCUGUCAUGCAGUUCAUGAACGAGAACCCGGAUGUGGGCAUCAAUCACAUGGUUACCUCACCCGAAUGGCGCGAGCGCAGUCUUGAGCGGUCUGCUGCCAUCAGCCACUCGCCUCCACCUGUGCCACCCCAAAUUCCUUUCCGCAGCGACGCACCAAGCCCGAGCCCGCGGCAAUACCGUGGGCUGCCGCUGAUUGCGGGUCCGAUUGCAUCUGCGGAGCUGGACGAUCCCUUUGUUGAUCCUCCUCGCAGUGUGAUUUCGCAGACGUUCGAUGGUCACGCCCCUGUCCACCACCUGAACGCUGGUGGCAGCAUUCCAGACAGCGAGUGGGAUGAUGCUUUCAGUGCAGAUGAGCAGGACAAACUUGAACACCGGUCGCACUUCUUCGACAGCCACGUCGCUGAGCUGGUUGGCAACUUGCUCGCAAGCCGGCUCGGUCCUCUUGAGAAAUCUCUUGGGCUUAUUGAGAACGCGAUUGGCAGGGAUCAUUCCGUGCGUCGCAGUCGGCGUAGUGUCUCAGCUGAGGUGCAGGAGAGCGAUGCGGAUGACGAGGACGACGAAAUGCCUGCUCGUCGCUCUCUGAGCCCUCGUCGUGACAAGAAGAUGGACCAGAUCAGACUUGCUGUUACCGAAGUGUUCAAUGCUCAAAUGGCCUCAAGAGCGCUCCAGCCGGCCCAGCUUGAAGUUGCGCCGGAGGCGGCCAAGGAGGAAUCGGAAGUCCUCAAAGCCAUCACUGAAAUGAAGCAGCAAAUAUCCGAGCCCCUUCGGCUCGACUUCAAGAGUGACGAUCUUCGAUCUAUCGUUGAAGAGGCUGUUACCAACCGCCUGCCUCCGCCAGCACCUACUGUCAUCAAGGACGAUGAGGAAGCGAACACUGCUCUCGCAGAGAUGCAGGCAAAGAUGCACGACUUGAGCCAGAGACUCCGAGACGAAGAGGAGCGCAGCGAACGUGAACGUGCUCGCGUCCAAGAGCUUGAGGACAAGCUGAGGGCUGAGGAAAGCGCGAGGGAGGCGGAGACUUCGACCAGACGCGCAGCGGAGGACCGCGCCGCCGAGAUCAAGAGACAGCUCGACCAGGCCGAGACCAAGGUUGAGGUCGAGAUCAUGAACAGAAGCGUGUACGAUCAGCGAGUGCAUGACCUUGAAGAACGCCUGCGAGCUCAGGAACACCGCAACGAGCAAGAGUUGACCGGCCGCCGCGAAGCCGAGGACAGACUCUCGGAGAUCCAGCGUCUCCUUCGCAUUUCGUCAGAGGAGGAAGACAGAUUGCGCUCAGUUCUCGAAGAGCGGAACCAGAAGAUCAAGGCGAUUGAGCAAACUUCUGGUAAGACCAGCAUGCGGCUCACCCUGCUCGAGGGUGCUCAGAAGAACGCCGAACGCACCGAGAACGAGCUCAAGAACCGCCUCAACAUUACGGAGAGUGAACUCCGCGAUGCCCGCCAGGAAGCUCGCCACUGGCGCGCAGAAGCAGAGCAGGAGAGACAAAUGUCGAUCCGCCAUGCUGAGGAGCACGCGCAAGCUGUCACCGAGACCAAGCACAUGCACAAGCUCAUCGACACGCUUGGAGUCCAGCUCGAGGAGAAUGAGAAGAUCCGGGACAACUGGCGUGCCAAGUUUGUUGCCCUGCAAGACGAUAUGGCUCAUGCUGCCCGUGAGAUCACCGAGGAGAACUCGCGCCGUGCCAAGGAGAAGCAGAGUAUCGUGGCUCGUAUGGAGGUUCUCGAUGCUAGACUGCAGGCUGAGGCGCGCACCCGCGAGCGCCUCGAGGUUGAGGUUGAGCGCCUCGAGGGAGGCGAGAGAGCUGGCAUGAGAGCCGUGAGUGAGUGCAAGCGUCUGGAGACGCUGCUGUCUGAACUGCGGAACGAGAACCACAACCUACACCAGAACGUCCUCCAUCUGCAGCGGGAAGUGCAAGAGGCCCGUGACUCUGGUGCAUCAGAAGUCCAGCGUACCCGGAUCGCGCUUCAGGCAGAACUCGACACUGCCAACCACCAGGUCAACGUCGUUCGUGCGGAGCUCGAUGAUGAAGCCAGCAGACUGCGCAGCCAGCUCGACCAAGUCAAGCUGGAUGCCGACACUGCAAAGGCUCACCACGAGAUGAUGCUCGAAGAGGCACAGACUAGCAAGAAGACAGACCUCGAUCAGCUAUUGGCCAAACACCAGAUGGAGCUCGAAGAUCUCCAAGCUAAGCACGAGCGACAGAUCAACAACGCCACAGAGGAUGCACAGCAGACCGAGCAGAAUCUCUUGGAGCGUCUCAGCUUGUCCAAAUCCAAGACCGAGCACCUCCAGGACCGCAUCUCGCACCUUGAGGAGAAGGUCCAGGUUGCUCAAGAGGCUGCUCGUGCUGCUGCACAAGCUGCGGCGCUGGCCAAGUCCACGCCAUCCGCAAUUUCCGCCCCAGCUCAACCAGGCCCUGUCGGUCAGACUAAGCAGCUCGCCGAAGCCAUGCAGCUGCCUGAGAAGAUCUCUCCCCAGGCACUGCGCGAGUCAAUCAUGGUGUUGCAGGAGCAGCUGCAAGCCCGUGAGCAGCGCAUCGAGGAACUCGAGCAGGAAGUAGAGAAGCUCGAUCCUGAGGCUGCAACCAAGAUUUCCAAGCGUGAUGAUGAGAUCACCUGGCUCCGGGAAUUGCUCGCCGUCAGGCAUGGCGACCUCCAGGAUAUUAUCCAGGCCUUGUCUGCCGAACGCUUCAACCGCGAGGCCGUCAAGGACGCGACAAUCCGUCUGAAGGCAAACCUUCAAAUGGAAGAGCAAGAGCGUGAAAGAGCCAUGAACGGAGGCUCAGCCAUCAACCUGCCCAGUCUUGCCGCGACUCUCCGUGACGCGGCCACUCCGCGCGUAGCCCAAGCCGUUGGUCCUUUGGCCGCGGCGUGGGGUAGCUGGCGCAAGGCCAGCCAGCAGCAGCCAUCUCGCAACAGCAGCUUUUCCGGGGCUCGUCCAAGCAGUGGCGUUGGGCGCAACGCGACGCCGUCCAAGUCUCGCUCCGACUCUCAAAGCAGUCUGCUCUCUGGGCUGAUGACCCCGCCUGCGUCCAAUGUCCGGCAAACACCACCAGCCCCGGAUGCUCAACCGACAGCUUUCGGCAGCACUGGGCGACGCCUGACAGCCGAGCAGUUUGCCAGCCGCAGUCGUGGUCCUUCCAUGACCUCGAGACAAGCUGAGAAGAUGCCAAUGGUCAACACGCCUCCUCCUCGUGCCCAUGGCCCACCUGUUACACCACCGAUGAUGCAGUCGACCACGUACGAUCAGGAUGCCCAGGUGGAAGACUUUGACGAUGCAGCAUUCUUUGACGACUAA